GAACCACGUCUGCCGACGAGGGACAGUCAGAGUAGUUUCCGACCCGCGACUGAUCAGAGGCCGUUGCCGAGAAGAUGCUGCGAAAGUGCCUGACGAUUUUGCCGCUGCUGCUGCUGGGCGUCCUCGCCGAGGAGAAGGAUGUCCUGGAGCUCACCGACGAGACCUUCGAGAGCGAGCUCGAGCGGCACGAGAACACGCUCGUCAUGUUUUAUGCACCAUGGUGUGGUCAUUGUAAACGAUUGAAACCAGAGUACGCCAAAGCAGCGGAGAUGCUCAUAGGCAACGAGCCGCCAAUCACGCUUGCCAAAGUAGACUGUACGGAGGCCGGAAAGGAAACUUGCAACAAGUUCUCCGUCAACGGUUACCCGACGCUGAAAAUUUUCGAACGUAACGAGAUGCGAUCCGACUAUAACGGUCCCAGGGAGGCACCAGGCAUCGUUAAGUACAUGAAGUCUCAAGUUGGACCGGCAUCUAAAGAGUUGACCAGCGAAGAAGCUCACAAGGCGUUCCUGGAGAGCGACGACGUCGGCGUGGUAGGAUACUUCGAGAAGGAGGACUCUCCGUUGGCCACGGCGUUCCAAACCGUCUCCAAGAAGCUCAGGGAGAAGGUCAGGUUCGGCCACACGUCGAAGAAAGAAAUUUUGGACAAGGUGUCUCACAAAAAUACAAUUGUGCUUUACCGGCCGAAAUUACUCCAGAACAAGUUCGAGGAUAGUAGCAUAGUAUACAAAGGAAGUGACUCCACUAGUGAUGUGAACGAGUUUGUUGCCAAGAAUUACUACGGCAUCGCCGGCGUUCGCACGCGUGACAACGCACAAGACUUCAAGAAUCCCCUGGUGGUCGCUUACUACAACGUCGAUUACGUGAAGAACGCCAAGGGUACGAACUACUGGCGCAACAGGAUCAUCAAGGUCGCGAAGGACUUCCCGGAGUACUCCUUUGCUGUGGCUUCCAAGGAUGAUUUCCAGCACGAGCUGAAUGACUUCGGCGUCGAAUUCUCCAAGAGUGACAAGCCAGUGGUCCUAGUGCGGGACGCCAAGAACCAGAAAUUCGUUCUCAAGGACGCGUUCUCCGUCGAGACUUUCGAAGCGUUCUUGAAGGACCUGCAGGCUGGCGCUUUGGAGCCGUAUCUGAAAUCCGAGCCGAUCCCCGAGAGCAACGCGGGCAACGUGAAGGUCGCGGUGGCGAAGAACUUCGACGAGGUGGUCAUCGACAAUGGCAAGGAUACGCUGAUCGAAUUCUACGCGCCCUGGUGUGGCCACUGCAAGAAACUCGCGCCGGUGUUCGACGAGCUGGGCGAGAAACUUGCGGACGAGGACGUCGAGAUCGUGAAGAUGGACGCGACGGCGAACGACGUGCCGGCUCCCUACGAAGUACGCGGCUUCCCGACCCUCUACUGGGCACCCAAGAACGCCAAGGACAGCCCGGUGAAGUACGAGGGCGGUCGCGAUAUCGAGGACUUCGUCAAGUACAUCGCCAAGCAGGCCACCGACGAGCUGAAGGGCUACGAUCGCAAGGGCAAGGAGACGAAGCCUAGGACCGACGAGCUCUAAGAACCGUCCUCGUUGACGGGGACGAUCUCGAGGCUCGCUCAUCAUACAUUUCCAAACGCGUCAGUCAAUGGAGCGAUCCGAGAGGUUCUGCUCGUGUAACACACAUACACACAUACACACACAGAGCCAAGGACGUGGCAGAGGUGCAUAAAUAGAGAACAGAAUAGCCGGAAAGUGCAAAUGUAACAUUUUCGCGUGGGCGUCUUUUUGCAAUAAGUGAAUAACGAACAACUUUCGAAUGGGAGGGAGUGUCUCUAGCGUAUAGGGGGAUUGUCUACAUGUAUCAAUUGUACACUUUGUAACGAUGUAUAACGACGCGGCGGGGUGCGCGGAACUGAUUUGAAAUAUGAAUUUUUUCCCAUAACAAUAUGCUUUCCAAGCGUAAAACGUAUGAUAUACAUAUGUGUAGAAGAACAACAACGCUCCAUUCCAAUUUAUGCGUGUUUGCGACGCUGCUAAGUUAAGAGGGUAAUGCAGUGAUUUUUGUUUAUACGAAAGAGUGGAAAAUAAAAUUGUUUUAUACGAAA